ACGUAAAUAAACAAUGACUAAAGUUUAUUUUUGUUACAAUAACUAAAUUUACAAAAUGGAAAACAGUGAGGAAAUAAACACCAAUACUCAUGUGGAAGUAACUAUUAACAAGCCCAGUAAAGUUAUAUAUUUCAGUGAUGGGGUUGAAGAAGUGAUAGACGAAGUAACUGUGAGUGAUUUGAAUAGUACGUCUUCAGAAGAAGAAGCAGUUGACCCUAAACAAUUGGAUUGGGGUCCCUGGUUUUCCCACUAUGCCUGGAAAUCUGGGACAAAAGUACUGAAAGCAGUGGACUAUGCUGGGGAGUCAUUGGCAGAUUUCUUUGGUAUCACAUCACCUAAAUACCAGAUAGAGGUAAAUGAAUAUGAAAGAAUCAAGGAAGAGAAAAGAAAGCUUGACGAGCAAUCAGCUGGCUGGGUACCAAAGAAUGCAGGAGGUGAUGUACCAUUAGUCAUGCAGGAACCAGUGAGAGAUGUACAUAAACCUACAACCUCUUAAUUUUUAUUUGGAAUUAUUUAUUUAAUAUAUAAUAUUUUAUUUAAUAAUUAUAUUUUGUUUGCAUUGUUCAACAGCUGUAGUCCACAUACAUGGAUACAUGCAUUAAUUUUUACAGGUGUAUAUAGACUAUGGUAACAUUUUACCAUAAGUUGGCCUUUAUGCUUAUUUGCGACCAUCAUGACAUUAAAUAAAUAUAUAUGAAAUAAAUAUGUUAAUGGAAAUAAUUAGGAAGAGUCUUAAAGUGUAUGGGAAUAAAAUUUAUUUUAUUUAAACUUACAUCACUAAUACCAUAGUUAUUAGCUUUUCUUUCUAAUAACUACACUAAUAAUAACACCAAAUAAACACAUCUCAUGUACUUGAUGUCGACACUAAGUGCACAUUAAUAAUUUCUUUUUUAUACAAACAUUACAACUGUCUGCUGUAAUGACAUAUAUAUAAGUAUGACUGACAAAAAGUUAAUAGAAUAGAUUAAACAUUUAUAAAUAAAUUAUUUUGUAUCAGUAGAUACUUUUCAAAUAAUAAAUGCAAUAUUCUCCCAAAAUAUCUAUAUUAUUUGAUAUGAUUAAUUAUUUUUGUUACUUAUAUUGAUUGUGAUAAUCAAAUAUACAUUUGAUUAUUA